ACUGCAUAACCUUUCACUUUUCACAUUCAAACAACCGUACACACUUUCUUACAUAGCGGGCACACCCUCAACAAAGCUCACUUCACUUUCCGUCCCUCCCCACAAUGUCACCACCUCCACCACCCCUCCUCCUUCCUCUCAUCCUCCUCUUCCUCAUCUCCGCCACCACCACUGAAGCUGCCUCUGCCUCUCCAAUUGCCACUCUUCCACCCUCUCCCUCCCCCACCUCCUCUCCUACUGCACCCACCACCAAAACUCCCUCCCCCACCUCCUCUCCUACUCCACCGACCACCAAAACCCCCUUUCCCUCCAUUAACUCCACUUUAAACCCCAAACAACUUAGAGCCCUCCAAUCUCUAGACAUCCCUACAGUUAAAGAUCCUUGCAUACAACCUUCUCUUCACAACGCCACCAUUUGUGACUCUUCUUCCCCCUUUCGCCAACUAGUCUCGCUUCACCUGUCCAACUGCUCCUCUGACCUCUCUCUUUCUUACACUGCCCUUAAAUCCCUCUCCACUCUUCAAUCUCUCUCUUUCACCAACUGCCCUGUUACCCCUAUUAGAUUCCCUUUAGAUCUUGCCAUCUCUCUUCAUUCUUUCACUUGCAUUCACUCUCUUAAACACCUCACUGGUAUCGGGCUCUCUCGCUUUGUCAAUCUCACUGAUCUCACUGUAAGUAAUGUGCCAGUCAAUACUAGUGGUCUUUAUGCGGUUCUUGGUAAUAUGCGUAAGCUUAGGUCUGUUACUAUCUCAAAUGCUAAUGUCACUGGCUACAUACCAAAACAUCUGCUUUUCAAUCUUACCCAUGUUGAUUUUUCAGGUAAUAGGCUUAAAGGAAAGAUACCCAGUUCCAUUACACUUCUUGAAAAUCUUGAAAGUCUCAAUCUUUACUCAAAUGCACUUACUGGGGCAAUCCCUGAUAAUCUUGGUGACUUGAUUUCACUAAAGAAUGUGUCUUUAGGCUCUAACUCUUUAUCUGGGGCGAUCCCGAAUUCAAUGUCAGCAAUUCCUGAUUUAGCUUAUGUUGAUCUGAGUUCAAAUCAGUUGAAUGGGACAGUACCAAAGUUUUUUGCAGAAAUGAAGAAAUUGAGGUACUUGAAUCUUGAGAACAAUGAGUUUCAUGGUGUUUUGCCUUUCAAUCUUACUUUUAUGAAGAGAUUAGCUGUGUUUAAAGUUGGUGGAAACAGCAAUUUGUGUUACAAUCAUACAAUUUUGUCAUCAAAAUUGAAGCUUGGAAUUGCUCCUUGUGAUAAGCAUGGAUUGCCAUUGUCACCACCACCUGCAAAGGAUAGUUCAUCAGGAGGUGAUAGUGAGAGUGAUUCAUCAGAUUAUAAUGAUGAAGGUGAUGAUUCUAACAGCAAGAAAGAGGGUCAUCAUGGACCUAAUAAGGUUGUUCUUGGUGUGGCAAUUGCGCUUUCCUCUAUAGUCUUCCUAAUUGUCUUCCUCAUUCUUCUCUCCAAAAGAUGUGGUUAAUUAGAAGGUAAUGUUAUUUGUUCAGAAUUCAGAUUAGGGAAAAACUGGUUACUAGAAAUCAUUUGAUUGUUUAAUUGGUUAUACACUUGAGUAUGAAGAAGAGUGGUCGUAGAAGGGGAAAUGGAAAAGGGCGAGGGUGGAAAUCAUUAUUUAGGUGUGUUAUUUUUUCGCUGCUUUGAUAAUUGGAUUGAGAAAAGAGCAGUGAUUUCUAUUUUAUUUAUGUAUAUAUAUAAUUUAUUAUGAAUUCGGUUACCGUGGAUGCAUUAUUUGGAUUCUGAAGAGGGGAAAAAGUGGUUGAUUAUUAAUGUUGUAUCAUGAAAUAUGUAUCUUGAACCCCUAGAAUUAUUUUAUCACACUUUUAUUUAUUCGGCCUCUA